CCUUUGUUUGAAAAAGUGCGUAAUUACAGAUAGAAUGGAUUACGAUCACGGAAUGAUGGAUCAGCAGCAGGAGAGAGGAGCAGGAGGACCUCCGUACAAGAAACCUCGCGGAGACAACAACGGCUCCAUGAAUAAUGGUGGUGUAAUGGAUCAUCUUCUUGAACGAGGAGAUGAGAAGAUUCCUCCAAACCAUAUUCUUCUCUUCACAAUCUUCAAUGCAAAGUUCACAAUCAAUGUUGAAGUUAUCUACAAGGUUUGCUCUAUUGUCGGGAAGGUUAAGAAGAUUGUCUGCUUCGAGAGAAUGAAUAUUAGCCAGGCUAUGGUUGAGUUUGAAACUCUUGAAUCCGCAAGUAAAGCGAGAUCUAGCCUGCAUGGUUGUGAUAUCUACAACAAUUGUUGCACUAUGAAGGUUGAGUACAGUAAACUAGAAACCCUGAAUGUCCGAGCCAACAACGAGAUGAACUGGGAUUUCGACGACGGAGCUGACUAUGAAGGGAAGAGGCCGGUUAUCCUCAAUUCUCCGGAUUAUGGUAGUUAUGGAGGAUAUAGUGGGGGUAUGGGAGCUUCUAGUAUGGGAAGUGCCGGGAGCAUGGGAGGCAAUAUGGGACAUACAGGUGGUAUGGGUGGUGGGAACAUGGGUGGUGGUAAUAUGGGAGCUAGUAAUUUGGGAGGUGGUAGCAUGGGAGGCAAUCAGAAUAAGAUGGGUAUGGGAGGUAUGGCCGACAUGGGGGGUGUUACUGGAAGCGGUUAUGGUUAUGGAAUGGCUCAAGGUAUGGAUCAAAGAUCCUGUGUAAUGCUGGUGUAUGGUCUUGAACCCCCGAAAUGGAAUUGUGACAAGCUGUUCAACCUGCUCUGCCAGUAUGGAAAUGUUAACAAAGUCUUCUUCAUGAAGAACAAACCCAACACCGCCAUGGUGGAGAUGGGAACUCCGGAGGGAGUGGAUAACGUCACUAGAAACCUGCACGACCUCUUCGUGUUCGGAGAGAAAUUGAGGUUCGACGUCUCUAAGAAACAUUUGCGGAUUGAAAACCGACCCUUGGAGUUCCAACUGGAGGACGGGAGCUCAUCCGUGAAGGAGUUCUACAACGAAAGAAACAUGAAUAGGUUUAUGACCCCUGACAUGGCGCGUAAGAACAGAAUUAUUCAUCCCAGCAAGGUUUUGCAUUUUUUCAACAUUCUCAAGACCGACGACUCCGUCCUGGAGAAUCUGUUCACAAAGGUUGGAGCAACUGUUCCAAUCCAGAUUAAAUGGGUUCCAGCUAAGAACGAAGCUAAGCAGCAGGGUGUUGGUCUCAUGUACUUCAACACCACCGAGGAGGCAACGGAGGGAUUAAUUCUGGUGAACCAUCAGCAGGUUGAUACAAGGAACAUCAAGCUCUGCUAUUCACCUGCCAAGUACUAGAUAAAAAAGGUUUCUGUACUCUGUUCUGUAUCUCUGUUUCUACCUGAACUAUCUUCCAAAUUGAUCAAAUCUAAACCUCAAAUAUAUCCUUUAGAUCAACUGAUCAGAUAUUCCGAAUAAGACAAACUCUGAUCAUAUCUUUUCUGAUCUAAAAUACUUCUCUGAACCAUCUUCGAGUUGGAUUAUAUCGGAGAUAAUAUUACACAAAGUCUCUCUAUCUAUGAGUAGUAAGUAUUAGAUUGUUCUGUGGUGUUGACUAGUAACCUACUCCUGUACGUCAGCUCUUUACUCAAACCUUUCUAAUAUAUAGAACUAGAAAAUCUUGUUUAUCAUCACAUCUAACUAAAAGAAUCUGGGAUUCAUAAAUUCUCGAUCAUACCGAACCAUCACGUUUUCUGAACAGAGCUGUUUUUUUUUUCUUAAACUUCUUGUAUCUGAAAAUUAAAUUUUUGUAUCUCCCGACCCUAAUACACCUGGGAGCUCUAACAUGUUCUUCAUAUGAAUUACCAGGACAUGAUAGUGUAGAUCAAUUUGAUCGCAUUCAUAAAAUUCAACAUUUUUCAGA